CCGACCCUCAUCCGCUCCUUCUCUCCUCACCAACAACCUCGUCGCCGCGACUGCCUUUAUUUGAUUCAAUAAUUAGCGCACCUGCCACACGAAGUACACUGUUCUCAGGUAUGAAUGACCUCGACCUCGCGCGUCCCCCCCCCGAUUCCUCUCCUCUUCAUCUCUCCCAACCUCUCCACCUCUACCCACCUUCACCCACGUUCGUCAAGCGUUUCUGCGAGCGUUCCCGUAUUCUCGUUCUAUAUGCGAUUCUACAAGCGUUCUCCCUGCUUUCUUGCUGCGUUCUUGCUGUUUUUUGUACUGCUCUUGGGAAACCAAAUAAACCCUCAAAAACACCUUUUGGAUUGCUGUUUUCGUACGUUGUUAACUCAUCAUGGAUGAUAGACACUGGAAAGCGGUGGUGACCGCUGCGGUCCUCACUUCAAUACUUCACAUCGGCGACAUUUUGCCAUUCCUUGGCGAAUUUUUGAUCAAACUCUUUUGGAUCCUUCGUACAUCCGCGGUCACCUUCUGCGUUUUAUUUACCGUUCUCACUUUGUCCGGGGACGAAGUUCGCCGUCUGUUUACCAUCCUCCUGAACAUCAUGGAAGCUAAAGCCUUGGAGCUGGUGGAAAUCGCCAGAAACAACUACCUAUCCCUGGAUGCGAAGACGGGUGCUUUGGUGGCCUACAAAUCGGAGAUCAAACAGAGGAAUGUCCCUGAAGCGGCGGUGCCGCCAUCAUUCGAGGCGGCGCGGAUUUUCAUUAGCUCACCACAUGGCAACAUCAUCACGCCUGCAUUCAAUAUGCUUAGCCACCUGACCAGGCGCUUGUUCAUUCAGCGACAACCGCAUUUGAUUGCAAAUUACAGUCGCAACCUCCAACCUCUACUUCUGGAGAAAUUAGGCGAUAACAGAGAACGGGUGAGAGCACAGGCCGCUCAAGCAUUCACCGAGCUCUGGCCAGCUGCGAGCGCCGAGGUGGAACAUUAUGUUCUCGAUACCGCCCUGGUCGGAAGAAACCCCAGGGCAAAGGAAAUGGCUUUGAUCUGGCUUUCCAACAUGUCUAGAACGCAUGGCUUGCGGUUCCGUCAAUAUGUGGCGAAGCUUGUCAACUGUCUCGAAGAUGCGGACCCGGCCGUACGAGACGCAGCGAAGUUGACUGUAGUUGAAUUGUUUGGCACAGCAUCUGGUGCCUCGGCACGCGCAAAAGCAGAUCUCAUGAAUCAGCUUAGCAUCCGCAGCGUACGGAAGACAAUCGUGAACGCCAUCCUCACCCAGAUCGAUCUCGAUCCCGCCGAUCUUGAACCCAAUAGAGGGCCCAUGCAUCGAGCAGACCGAAUCACACAACGUCCCCAUUCUAGCUUAGAGGCUCAUCCACGGCCCAUGUCAAGGGCGGAUGGACACAAACACCCUCUUCCGCAGCACUCUUCCGAGGCAACCCCAUUGACCCCCAGCGACGGCGACAGCGUGGAGCCACUCAAUGUUUCCUCCUCGCGUGAGAUUGAAGACAUCAUCCGCGCCAUGGUUCCUCACUUCGACGGACGCGAGUCUGAAGAGAACUGGGCAAAGCGUGAGAAGAACGUUAUGCUGCUGCGCAGACUGGUCCGUGGCAAUGCGCCUGUCGCCCACUCCAAUACAUUGAUCACGGCUCUGAAGUCCAUUCUAGACGGUAUCUUCAAGGUCGUCAAUUCCCUUCGUACGACUAUGGCAACGAAUGGCUGCCUAUUCAUGCAGGAUAUGGCCAUAUAUUGUGGACCCAAGAUAGAUCCCAUGAUGGAGAUCAUCAUGCAGAAUCUCAUCAAGCUGUGCGCUGGUAUGAAGAAGAUAACAGCACAGAACGGAAAGAUGACAGUGGAGACUGUCAUUCAGCAUGUUUCCUUCACCCCUCGUAUCUUGCAGCACGUCUUCGGUGCUUCGCAGGACAAGAAUGCCCAGUUGCGACUUUUCUCUGCAGACUGGUUCAAAAUCAUCCUCAACAAGCAGGCGGCCAACAGAUCCUCCAUUGAACACGGAGGCGGGCUGGAGCUACUCGAAAAGGCCUUCAAGAAAGGACUCGCAGACGCCAACCCGGCUGUCAGACAGGCGAUGCGCGGUACAUUUUGGGUGUUCUUUGGCAUGUGGCCUAACCAGGGCAACGAGGCGUCGCAGCUGGCACCUCCAUGA